UACUGGUCUCUUCGAAUCCCAAGAACCGUACUAUAUGAGGAUGAUCUAGAAGUUUAAGCGUAUUUUUCUCCAGUCGUAGUGCUUCAGCAACCUCCCGCAGACGACGUCGGCCCUGAAGACCUGAAGGGCUUCUCGCUAUUUCGACCUGCUUUACAGCGAUGAUUUCUCCCGUUGUCACAUUCAGAGCCAGGUAAACACGACCAUAACUCCCUUCACCUAUGAGUUCUCCCAGAGCCCAUUGGAAAGUUGCUGUUUCGAUGACGUCGUGAAAGACGACUCGGGAAAUGUCUUUCUUCAUCCCUUUGCGAUGGGGUGAGUGUCUGGGAAGGGUCUACCGGAAGACGGUCAUGGGUCACUGUGCGGCGAUCGGAGUUGGUAUGACGGUUUCGCGAGCGGAAGAGUGACAAUGACGGAAACCGGGAGGUGAGCGAAUUUGUGGAAGAUGAAACAGAAGGAGGUCGAACUGCCCAAGUUUUCGAGUCUGAAUCCAUAUGCAUGUCACUUCUCUCCGCGAGGGAAAACUGGGAAUUUCGAAUACGACACUCAGCAUCAGCGUUUAAAAGAUGUCAACGUUACUGCCGCGGGUACUCUGCCAUCGUUGGACGGUUGAUUCUUUAACAGCACUUUCAUCCCAAACUCAGUUCCGUGAUGGCGUGAGGUUCCUGAUGAUUGGAGAAUACGUGGUAACCGUAGUAUAGUAUGUAUUAAGUACAAGAGGUUGGGCUAUAUAAUGAUUCCAAAGAACAUAGUUAAUGUCGAUGAUACUGUGAACCUAGUCGUCGAUAGCUAUGGGGUUAUUCGGGCCACCUGGUGUCGAAAUCGUGUAAAGUCUCCGUAUCGGUGCCGGUGUUGCGGGUAAAGCGUGCGAGACGGUAUUUAGAAGUUGGGAAGAGGAUUUUGUCCUAGCCUUUGAUGAUUUCCAUAUGUUCGGUCAGCUAUCGAAGGAAGAGGAUCAUGAAACGUGAUUUACACACUUUGGAUGCACAAAAAUCCUGGGCACAAAUCUCAACAAUCUCAGCGGAGCCUUCAGGCUCACUUUCUGCUGUGAGGUCGAUGACCCGAGGCGGUAACUUCGAAACGGGGGUCUGAACGGGCUUCGGAAUUCUCCCCACUGCCAGUGAAGGUGGAAGUACACUUAAAUGCGUUCGUCUUUUGCGGUCUACGUGCAACAAAAGUGAGCCGGGAAUGGCUCGAUUUAGUCCAGAACCUACUGCGCAAGGGGGAGAUAAUGUUCGGAGUGGGUGGGCGUCGAAGCCUAGAAAGUAUGUGAUUGGACUUGUGGCGUGUUUUGGACCUGGUCUGGGGUUUUUCCAUGGAGCUGAAUGAAUGUAAGAUCAUCAUGUGUUUCUAAGGCUUUCCGCGGAGACCCCACCGACAAACUUUGGCGGCACACCGAAUCAGCGGGAAGAACUGUUCUUGCCACUGUUGUAAUGCCUCUGGACCGCCUUCUUUGUAGUAGGCACCUAUGAUCGAUUCAAAAGCGUCGCCAGCCGGUUUCAUUGGCCCUUCCAUGUCGAAGUGGCCAAGGCGAGCCAUGAUGUGAGCAAACGUCGCAUUUGCGGUCAAGGCGCUCCGCGCUUGCUAUUAGGGGAACUGAACAAGAUGUUCAAACUCGUCGCAGAAACCACAUACCGAGUAAUAGUGAGCUGUCCCCUCGCUUAGGAACCUGUACAAGCGUUGCGCAACGAAAGAAGUCAUAAGGGCGUCCCCGAGGAAUUCAAGUCUGUCGCGCUCAAGGCUGUCGCGUAACAUCUUGUUCCAUGAGUCGUCUGAUAGUUUCGGAAGCUGGAGGUGGAAAUGUGGAUUUUUAAUGAGCUCUACGAUGUUCCGUUGUAUGUGUUUAUAGCCUAGGUCAGGCAUGAAGGGAGGCUGAAUGAAGUGGUACUUACCUAAUCGUUACGUUCGACGCGUUCAACAACGUCGAGGAGAAGGCCACUACUCAUGGCUACAACUGCUGCUCAUACACCUUCCACUCGUUCACAGACGGAAAAGCCUGCCCCUAUUGAUAUAGCCGUCUUACAAAGUGCUAGCACAGUUCUUCAAGAGCAAUUCACGAAAGAUGCUCAGAUUAUUCCAGACCUUGGAGAUACUUUGACUGGUCAGGCUUCGUCUUCCUACACUAUCUCCCCCGACGACACUCGCGUGCCAUUUCAGAAGAGGAAGCUCGUUGGUAUCCCGGAAGGUCUUUUCCAGUACUAUAGCAGCACGAGUGUCAACUCACAUAUGGGAUUAAUACCCGAGAUCGAACGAGCUUGGGUAUCUAUCGACCACAAGUUGUUUUUAUGGGACUACAAUGAAGGUCAAGAAAUAAGUUCCUUCGUUGAUCAACCAUACGUAAUCACGCACGUCUCCGUCGUGAAACCGAAAAAGGGACUUUUCAUCGAGGAAAUAUCCCACUUACUCGUCAUUUGCACGCCAAUGUCGGUACUUCUCAUUGCGCUUUCUCUAUCCCCUGCGUCUGGUUCAGGUUCAGGAGUUCGUUCCCGAAAAGAAGUCAAACUGUACGCCACAGACCUCACCAUAUCCACCGAAGUGGAAAUGACUUCUGUUAUUGGUACACCGGAAGGUCGUAUCUUUAUGUGUGGUGUCCAAGGCGGAAAUCUCUACGAGCUGCACUAUCAGGAAAACGAGUCGUGGUUUGGGAAGCGUAUACAACUCAUUAAUCAUUCCAUUGGCGGAAUGUCGAGUCUGUUGCCCAGAUUUGCCGGUUCAAGUGUUGAAGACCGAAUAAUCUCUGUUGUUUCCGAUCACGCAAGGCACUGCUUUUAUACACUGACGGAGAAGAAUGUCAUUUCGAUUUACAAGCCCACAAGUGAUAAAUCGGUGCAGCAUGUUCAAACUCUGUCCAACCUCUAUAAGGCCGUGCAGGACAAAUGUCCGGGAGCACCGGCAAUCAAUCCUCAGACUUUCCAAAUCAUUUCUCUUCACCCUAUCAGCCCGUCGGAAUCUCGCAAUGGAGUACAACUUCUUGCGCUGACGGCCAAUGGAGUUCGACUAUAUUUUUCGCCCUCGACGUUCUCCAGUUACUCGUAUAGUACUGCCUCGAACCAAGGACCAGGCACUCGCUCGCUGCAGCUGGUGCACGUCCGGCUACCUCCCUCCAAUUUGAUUCACCCAGACGAGCAAGAAAAGCCGUACCGUCCGUCGGUCAAUGCAUACGGCGCUCCUCAGAAUCAUCCCCCACACCAAUCUCGUCCGUUCGUUGUCUCUGAGGUCGAUAGCUCUUGUUACAUCGGAGGGUUGACGAUAGCUGCCCAACAUGGAGACACCGAAACGUCCGAUUACCUACUGUGUAUGUCGCCAGAUCUGACACGUAUAGGCUCUUUAGACCAACUCAAUCUUACACAAUCUCAACCGCCGCAACCUACAUAUCCCCAAUACGGAAGUCAUGGGUCUACUGGUCGACCGCAACUGACGGAAUACGCGACGCUUCUUUCAAUACCCGGCAGAACGUGGGCUAUGGCUGCAGUUCCUCAUACCCCGGCUCCAAAUGGGCAGCCUCCGGAUUUCCCGAAUCCUGUGGUCACAAACGAGCUCGCGACUCAAUUUGUAGAGCCAGCCCAGCAAUUCAUGGUAUUGACCAACGUGGGCCUUACCUUUCUUGUGAAGAGAAGGGCUGUGGAUUAUCUCAGAGCAGUGAUAGAGGAGCUGCAGUCGGAGGGUAACAUACAACCCAUAAUAGAAUUCCGGGACAGUUUCGGUCGCAAUCAGACCUGUGCCAUGUUGCUUGGUAUCGCGUGCGGAAACAUAUUCUUCGAUGCUGAUGCCUCACCUGGCAUUAACACAAUCGGUCAGGAUAUCGCUUCCGUCGCCAAGCAAGCUUUUUACGACUUCGGUGAGAGGCCUAUAUGGUCGGAAAGAACGGUUUAUGGAAAGAGUGAAAACCAGGGCACUGCCAUCUACAGCGGAAGACGAGAAGGCUUAGCGUUAUAUUUUGCUAGACUGGUUCGUCCAAUCUACAAAUCUAAGAUAACAUCCCACGGGCCUUUAGGUGCUCCGCAAGCAGCCAUAUCGGACACUACGCUCCUCGCCGUUCAGAAAAAUCUUGUUUCCCUCAAAGAUCUGUUAGAUCGAAAUCCUCAUCUCUUCCAUUCGACUCCUGGAGACAGCGCGUCGUCACGUCCUCCAACCAUUGAACAAGACGCUUGGAAGGCGGAACAAACCUCGGUGUCUGCGUUGUCGUCGUUGUUGACGAGAUUCAUUGAGGGCCUUUCUUUUGUCUUACUCCUGUAUGACUACCACUUUGGCGAACUCAUCUCAAAGUGUGACAACGAGACCCAGAAGAUUGUCACUUCCCUGACGUUUGAAGAGCUCGUUACAACCCACAAUGGAUUAAAUGCCUCUAGAGCGUUGGUGAAUGUGAUUAUUGAUCAACAAAUUGGUCAGCAAAUCAGUGUGGACACCAUCAGUGAGGUGCUGCAAAAUAGAUGUGGAUCUUUUUGUAGCACCGACGAUGUCAUGCUUUACAAGGCGAAAGAAAAUAUACGCAAAGCGGCGGAAACAUCUAACCCCUCGGAGAGACAGAAAUGGUUUGCAGAAUCUCUUCAGUUGUACACGAAGGGAGCUCGUAUUCUAGAUUUAGAGAAGCUGAGAGAAAUAACUGGGGAUUUCCAGCUGCUGAAAUUUGCUCAAGGUGCUGUUGAGUUGCCCCUCAUUUGCGCGAAAGUCUUUGAUCAGGACGGCGUCGGCUUUGACUAUUGGCAAUCUGGAUCUACAAUGGACGACCAGCGUCGCGCCGCCUUCGAACGAAGAUUACACUGUUAUGAACUCGUUCUAGAUUCGCUUGCUGUUUUCGAACAGACCGACAGUUCACCUGAGUUGGAAGCUGUCAAGGCACAAGCAUAUAAUUUAUCUUUUGCCAGUGAUGAUCCGAUGUUCCAUUCAACGUUAUACGAAUGGUUGAUCGGAAGACAAUUGGCAGAUGAUCUGCUAGAGAUUCGUCCGCCUUUCCUAGAAUCCCACCUCCAGAAAGACCCUAUAACGGUUGAAAACUAUCAACUUCUUUGGAAGUUCUAUGUCAAGGAUGGGCGACCUUUGGAAGCGGCGAGGAUUCUCAGUAUCCUGGCCGAAUCUGACACAUUCAACCUAGACUUGAGUGCGCGGCUGGAGUACCUCACUCUCGCAGUUGGAAAUGCCAAGUCACAUCCAAUAUCCGCUGGAGGCAGAAUCGAAAGUGCCAUCGCUUUCCUGACUGAUCUAGAAGAAAAACUCGAAGUUGCCCAAGUACAACUCGAAACCUAUCAUACACUUCUCCCCCAUGCAGGUGAUGCUCCUGCAGUCGGUGAACGAAUCCAGCGGCUAUCCCAAAAGUUGCUCACCAUGUCCGAGUUGUAUCAAGAAUAUGCUAUUCCGUUUGACAUACCUCGACUCAAACUACUCUGUCUACACGUUUCUGAGCACCGUGAUGAAACCACACUUCGGCAAAUAUGGAAUCAAAUAUUUGACUCAAUAAUUGAAGUCUCUUCCGACCCUUUUGCGCAAGCAGACAAGGCGGUGUCGACAAUCGUUCCUCUAGGGCAGAGAUUUUACCCUUCUGAGUUUGCAUUCCCUCUCGGCCUCGUUUCUGACCUCCUGAUACGGUUUGCACUAGAACGAAAAGAAAGCCUUCCGAACGGUUGGGGACCGAGGAUUCUAAAGCAAUGCAAUGUGCCUUUCGUGGAAAUAUGGCGUAUCUUCCAUGAUGUCUACGAUUCUCAUCUACCACCGUUUAACUCGCAAGCGAACGUUCAAACACUUUCAUCUGACAUCGCCACACUGUUAUCGGAUUGGAUGGAGGAGGCGAAGAGACCGAGCUCUUCUGCCAGUCGGGAUAUACCCGUCACUCAAUUAGAUGCCGCUGUUGAGCAGUACUUGGCAGAGUCGAAUAGUGCUGAAACGAAGGCUAGUUAUGAAAACGUCAAAAGGCAACUGAGGAGAAAUUGGUAGUCAGCCUUAUUAUAUAUAGAUAUAUAUAUAUUACAACCAGUC